AUGGCAGAUAUUGGAUUUCUGUCAUUACCGACAGAGCUGCAUUAUCGAAUAUUUGAUUAUGCUGAUGCUCAGACAAUUCUUAUAUCUGUUCGUCGUACUUGCAAACGACUCAAAGAAUUGGCCGAUGACUACGAUAGAUUUCAACUUUGUUUCAGCUGGCAAUUAGCAAUGACCAUAAAAUCGUUAGUUCGUGUCAUUCGAUCUGAGAAUAUCAAUGCUUUAACGCUUUCGGACAAACUCCAAAAAAAUACAAUCAACGUAUUUUUUUCCUUAUUCGAUAAACACCAUUUCACUCGAUUGAGUAGCUUAACACUAGUUGGAAUUCAUGACUGUGAACUAGCUUAG